UUCUUUCCCGGACCUUCCCGCCCAUUCCAUCUCACAGCACCCAGCAGUUCCGUUUGCGCCCUUCUCUUUCGGUAGUAUACCUCUGCGUCACUGUCGGGGGCGUUUUUCUUCUGCUUCCGCUGCCGCAGCCUCCAUCGUAGCGGGUUUGAGCUGUUGUUCUACUCUCUUGUCGUUACUGGUACUAUCUCGAUCGAUCUCCAUCUUUCUUUCUUCAUUGAAGUGUUAGAAACUUUACCGGACUUGAGAGCUUGUUGCAGUUACAAAAAGCAUGGCCAAGCAUCAUCCCGAUUUGAUUAUGUGCAGAAAGCAGCCAGGAAUUGCCAUUGGCCGACUCUGUGAGAAGUGUGAUGGGAAGUGUGUAAUCUGUGAUUCUUAUGUCCGUCCCUGUACGCUUGUUCGUGUUUGUGAUGAAUGCAAUUACGGGUCUUUCCAAGGCCGUUGUGUUAUCUGUGGAGGAGUAGGAAUCUCAGAUGCCUACUACUGCAAAGAGUGUACACAGCAGGAGAAAGAUAGAGAUGGAUGUCCAAAGAUCGUUAACUUAGGGAGUGCAAAAACAGACUUGUUCUAUGAACGUAAGAAAUAUGGGUUCAAGAAACGUUAAAGUUAAAAAAAAAAAGGAUGGAUCUUACUGUAAUCUGAUUGAUUUCUGAUUUCUAAUCACAAACUCUCUUAGACAUGUAUGUAUAUGCUGACGAGAACAGUCAUUUGAUCAAGGCCAGGGCCGGUGCCAUUCACGAGUAUCAAAAACUAUAUUGAUUGUACUGCUUGUAUUGUUAUGUUUAUAUUGAUGGAUAGGAACUUUGCUCAACCAAAUUAAUGGAGAAGAAAUUGUUUGAAGAGGCUGUUACAAACAGAAAAAAAGAGUAAUGAUGCAAAGGGAGGUCCCUCCACCCUUCAAAUAAGGGAAGAGAAGUUAAAUGCUCAAAGUCAACCAAAAUACAGUGAAUUUUGGGAUCCAUAGUUGAUGGGAUGGACAGGUUUGGUUUGAGAUUUGUAGGUGCUCAUAUGCCUGUUGGUAGUGGAAUUUCUUUGAAUGUUUUCAUGCUCCAUGUUCGUUUCCUUUUCAUCACUUCACUUCCCUUUUGACUGAAAGAGAGGUCAAUUGUUCUUUCCAUUAAUGGCCAUUGAAUGUUCAUUCAAUUCAUAAGAGAUUGUGACAUCAGUA